GUGCCCUGUAGGAAGCUGGAAGAGGGAUGGAUGUUUGUAGAGCAUUAAGGAUUAAAUAAAUUACAUUGCGAUUACACUAUCAUCUGUCAGAUCUGGGCAUGAAAUCAUCCUUGUCAAGUUACAGGAGAGUGGCUGAAAUGAUCUGUUGAGCCAAAGAGCACAGAAGUAGGAAAGAAAACAGAACAACAAUCAGCAUUUCUUCUUGUUAAUUCAGUGGGCUGAAGAGUGAAUAGAGAAACUGUCAUGGCACAUGUCCACCGGCUCUCUGCUGAAUGGGAGCAGACGAUCAUGGCUGAAUAAUGAAAUCACCUGACUUCAAUUUUCCAGAAUGUUCAAUGUUCGGGUGCAAGGGUGGAGCCGACUGGCAGUCCACUGUAUAUAAGAGCUCCAGGUUAGUUGGCUAACUCAGACCUUAAACUGAGUUAAGGCAGCAAGAAAAGCAGCUAGAAAAUGGAUGUAGCUAUCCAACAUCCUUGGUUCCGUCGCCACUUUUACUCAUUGUUUGGACCAAACAAGAUCUUUGACCAGCAUUUUGGAGAACACCUGCAUGAGGCUGAACUUUUCCCAAGUUCCAGUCUGCUAUCACCUUUCUUCUUCAGAUACCCCAGCUUCAGACUUCCAAGCUGGAUAGACAGUGGACUGUCUGAGAUGAGAAUUGAUAAGGAUAAAUUCUCUGUAAACUUGGAUGUGAAGCAUUUCUCACCAGAAGAACUAAAGGUGAAGAUUGUUGGAGAUUUUAUUGAAAUCCAUGGGGUGCAUGAAGAACGGCAGGAUGAACAUGGCUUUGUUUCCAGAGAUUUCCAACGAAGAUACAAAAUUCCAUCAGAUGUUGAUCCCCAAUCCAUCACCUCAACUCUGUCUCCAGAUGGUGUACUGACAGUCUCUGGACCAAGAAAGCUCUCUGAAGUACCUGAACGCAGCAUCCCUAUUACUCGUGAAGAAAAGACAUCCAUCAGUAAAAAGUAGGGCCUGUUACCUCUUCCAAGCAUCGAUGAUACUGUUCCACCCUGCCAUAAUUAGAACCUCAUACUAAACAGCUACAUGUUUAUGUGUUGUCUUGUGACCAAAGCAAAUUACUACUACAAAUAAAGCCAAGAUAAACUUA